UUCACGAAUAUCACGUAAGCAACUCGACAUCCGUCAAAUAAAACCCCUAACCACCGAGUGUCGGAGUCCCUGCGCAAGCACACUUCGUGCAGACUGACCCGAUUCAACGACAAGCGAAACAGAAAGACUCGUAUAAUAGACGUAUAUUCCAGCCUAUCCAAUUCCUGUGUCUGCUUGCCUGCCUACCGUACACGUUAUCAGAUAAGGAGUGCUAACUUCCAUCAAAAGUACGACGCUGAGUGUGCCGCGAACAAGAUGUCUCUGGCAGAUACAGCGGCCUCGGUGAGCGGUGCAUUCGACAGUAUACCCAUUGUCGAUAUAGGUCGUGCCUCGACACCCGAGGAACGAGCUGCUUUGGCUCAGCAGAUAAGGAAUGCCUGCAUGAAUGUCGGAUUCUUUUACGUUAGCAACCAUGGUAUACCCCAAGAGACGAUCGACGAGGUCUUCUCGGUGAUGAAGGCUUAUUUUUCUCUCCCGCUCGAGACGAAAAUGAAGCUUUAUCAUAAAGAAAUCGCGAAUUUCAAAGGGUACGCACCCGUGUUAGACUCCAACAUCGACCCAGCCAACAGAGGCGAUCUACACGAGGGCUUCGAAAUCGGUUGGGAAGAAAUGUUACCCAAGGAGAAUGACGAGAAGAGAGCGAAUGAUGGUGCUAUGUCUGGAGCAAACGUAUGGCCCUUGGAACCCACCAGGUUCCGUGAAGCAUGUCUCAGCUACUACCAUGCGGCUGUAGGUGUCGGAAAGGUCCUGUUCCGCCUCUUUGCCCUCGCAUUGGAUCUACCUGAGACGUACUUUGACGACAAGACCAGGAAUUCUGCCGCAAUCAUGCGGACUCUCCAUUAUCCACCUCAAACAGGUCCUGAAGACGACCGUAUCGUUGGAAUCGGUGCCCACACAGAUUUCGAGUGUUUCACUAUCUUAUGGCAGGAGUCUGGUAUUCAAGCUCUUCAGGUGUUAAACUCGGAGAAACAGUGGAUAAAUGCACCUCCGAUUCCAGGAACACUGGUCAUCAAUAUCGGGGACCAGCUUGCACGAUGGACAAACGACAUAUUUAGGUCUACCGUGCACAGGGCGAUCAACAGGAGCGGCGUCCGCCGAUAUUCCAUUCCGCUGUUCUUCGGCACGGAUUACCACGUCAAUGUCGAGCCUAUGCCAAGCUGUAUAUCUCCUGAGAGACCGCCCAAGUACGAACCCAUUUCUGCAGGGGACUACGUCCAGAAGCGCCUGCGGGAGAUGUACCACCAAAGUACUACGUCCUCGUGACACGACUGUGACCAACCAAUUGUCUUUUUACCAACUACCGUUGUACCAUAUUUGCCAGCAGAUAUCAACUGAAAAUAUGCCUUCCCCUGCACUAGUUGAUCCCCUGUACCCAUGUCAAUGUU